UGGAGUGAAUAUUACUUUGGAGAAGUUUCGGAGCACCAAAACCCAAGCAGAUUUGAAGUCCAACGUGGGACUGAUAUGUUCAAAUCUCUUGGGUACUUGACCGUUGCUUCCCGCCUUAAUUGUAACCGUACUACUUCGUCGUCGUUCGCUCACAAUGUUCAAUCUCCUCGGCUCCAAGCCCUCCAUUCCCUCAUCAAAAAAUGCUUAUCCGUGAAAGGAAUCAAGAGUCUGCACGCCCGAAUCAUCGUCCAUGGCCUAGCCCAUCGUGACUUAACUGUAACCAAACUCAUAGCGUCCUAUGCACUCUCUCCAUGGGGUGAUAUUCAAUAUGCGCAGAUACUGUUUGAUGAAAUUCCUCAGCGAAACCGUUACGUGUAUAACAGUUUAAUCCGGGGUUAUGCAAAUAGUGAAGAUCCAGAAAAGGCUAUGAUACUGUAUAAGCAAAUGAUUGUUUCGGCUAUUUUUCCAAAUGAAUUUACGUUUCCUUUUGUUCUGAAGGCUUGUGGUAUUAAAGAGAGUUAUAGAGAUGGUGUUUUAGUUCAUCUGAUGGCUGUUAAAUUAGGAUAUGAAUCUCAUGUUUGUGUUGAAAAUGGUCUUAUAAAUGUAUAUGUUCGCUGUGGGACUAUCGCCUCCGCCAGGAAGGUGUUUGAUGAAAUCAUGGAAAAGACUUUGGUUUCCUGGAAUUCGAUGAUUGGUGGGUAUGCGAGAGUGGGUUGUGGCGAACAACCGUUCUUGCUGUUUCUUGAAAUGAGGGGUAGAGGUAUCCAACCCGAUGUUUUUACUCUUAUGUAUUUGCUUUCUGUUUGUUCUCAUGAUUGCAACUUGGAGUUGGGGAAGUUCGUUCACCACAAUGUUGUCAUAAAUGGGAUCGGUGUUGAUAUUGUUUUGCAAAAUGCAUUUCUUGAUAUGUAUGCUAAGUGUGGAGACCUUCACGCAGCACAAACACUUUUUGAUCGUAUGGUCCAUAGAAAUGUUGUUUCUUGGACCUCUCUUCUUACUGCUUAUGCCAAACAUGGUUGCCUUGAAAGAGCCAAGGAUAUUUUUAGCCAAAUGCCCGUGAAAAAUGUUGUUUCUUGGAAUGCAAUGAUGUCAAGUUGUAUCCAUGAAGGCUGCUUGCAGGAUGCAUUGGAUCUCUUCUUUGAAAUGUGCAACUCUAAAGUGGAGCCUGAUGAGAUUACUUUGGUUAGCGUUCUCUCAGCUUGUUGCCAACGUGGUGAUUUGGUGAUGGGGAAUAAAGUUCAGGAUUAUAUCCGCUGUAACAACAUAAACUCUAGUGUUACUUUGAAUAAUGCACUUAUAGAUAUGUUCUCAAAAUGUGGUUCUCUUGAAAAUGCAUUUGAUCUUUUUAAUGAGAUGCCAGAGAAGAAUAUUGUCUCCUGGAAUGUCAUGAUUGGAGCCCUGGCAUUUCAUGGGUUUGGACAUGAAGCCAUUCAGCUAUUUGAAGAGAUGCAAGCUGGUGGAAAGUGGCCUGACAAGGUCACCUUCAUUGGCUUAUUAUCUGCUUGUUGUCACAGUGGUCUAACAGACAUUGGGUGGUAUUACUUUGACAAAAUGAGUUCUGUGUAUGGAGUACCACGUGAAAUUGAGCAUUAUGCAUGCAUGGUUGAUAUUCUUGGGCGUGGAGGCUUUUUGGAUGAAGCAGUAAAGCUGAUAGGAAGAAUGCCAAUGAAGCCACACACUGUUAUUUGGAGUUCUUUAUUGAAUGCUUGUAGGAUUUAUCAUAAUAUCACAAUUGCAGAGCAGGUCCUAAAGCAGCUGCUGGAGCAGGAACCAUAUGCUAGUCAUUGUGGGCUCUAUGUGCUCAUGUCAAACAUUUAUUCUGAAGCUAAAAGAUGGGGAGACAUGAAGAAUAUAAGAAAAUUGAUGAAUGAUAAUGGUAUCAAAAAGCAUGAUGCAGUUAGUUCCAUUGAAAUCUGUGGCAAUAUACAUGAAUUCAUGGUGAGUGACGAAAGACAUGAAGAUUCAAGGGCAAUCUACAAUCUGCUUGAUCAGUUCAUGGAUCAUCUAAGAUCUGACGGGUACAUGUAUAGCCUUUCUACUGUACUCUUUGAGGUGGACGAGAUUUAGUCACUGAGAGCAGUUUGUUGUUGGUGAGGAAUCCUGUGAACAUAUUUGCCUACCGUAACUUGUAAGAUCAUGCCUCAUUCCAUGCUCGCUUGAAGAUACUGUACAACUUCCUUGAACAGCGUUGGUACCAUGCUGCAUAUCUAUGGAUCAAAUUAAGAACACAGAAAGUGCAGAGAUGUAGCUUGAUUGGAGUAUGAUCAUGGCAGUAAUCGCAGGUGCCAGUACAACAGAAACAGGUAGGGGUUGUUAGUGCAUAGCACAAGGGUGAAGCCCAUGGAAAUGGAGUCGAGGUUGUACUCGAGCCAAUGCACAAGUAACGGCUAUUCAUGCCAAUUAGCAUCCUCAAAGUUUGGAUGAAGUUACCUCCAAAGAACCAAGUCUGAAGGUUUGUUUAUUCUAUUGUUUGGCGUUGCAUUCGUCAACUUGCUGUAAAACUGGCUAUUGUGAAAUAUUAAAAUUGAUAAAUUUAUAGUCAUGUUUAAGGCACGCCCAAUGUGUGUGCAAUUUA